AUGAUUUCUUCUGCUAUAAUUUUGAAUGAACAAAAUUGCUUACAUGAGGUUUUCUACGACGAAAGUAGUAAACCAUCAAAACUUGGAUCCAAACCAAAACACGAUCUUCGUUUUGGAUAUGAAUUAGACAUAUUCCAAGUUCAAUCUAAUUUGGCUGUGGACAACAAUGAGUCAGUAUUAAUUGCUACUCAUACUUCUGCAGGAAAAACUUCUAUUGCUCGUUAUGUGAUAAACUCAUGUUUGGAAGCCAAAAAAAGGUGCUUUUAUACGACACCUUUAAAAGCACUUUCAAACCAAAAAUACCAUGAAUUUAAGAAAAUAUAUAAUAAUGUUGGAUUAAUCACAGGAGAUGUAUUCGUUAAUGUUAACGCUUUAAUUGUAAUAUUAACGAUUGAAGUGUUAAACGAAAUUAUUAUCAAUGAUUCUUUAAAUUUUACAAAUGCUGGAUAUGUAAUAAUGGAUGAAGGACAUUUUCUUGGAGAUGAAGCAAGGGGCCAUGUUUGGGAGGAAAGCAUAAUUAAUAUGCCAAAAGAUAUUAAAUUAGCAAUUCUUUCCGCUACUUUACAAAACUGCUCUGAGUUUGCAAAAUGGAUUGUUUACAUAAAAGGAAACCCAAUGCAUGUUAUUGGUACCAAUGAAAGACCAAUAACUCUUGAAUAUUGUGUUCAUUGUUCCGCAACGGGAAGAAUUAUUCAAAUAAAAGUGGGAACUGAUGAAACCGAUUCUGAAGGACUCGAAACCGCUAUGAUUGAAUGCCAAGGGAAAAAUAGAGGAAAAAAGGAACUCAUGGAACUUCUUAAGAUAUUAAAAGAUGAAGACAUGCUUCCAGCCAUAAUUUAUUGUCCAUCAAAGAAGACAUGUGAUUCCAUGGCUAAACUUAUCUCGUCAAUGUGUUUUUUGGAUACAGUAGAAAGGGAUUUAAUGAAUGAGUUAUUAAAAUUAACUCUGUUCUUGGAAGAUGAAGAAAUGAAAACGUUUAUGUCUGAAAUAGAAGAUUACGCUGUUUGUUUAACUAAUGGAAUCGGCGUACAUCACGGAUCGCUUAUGAAAAUGACAAAGGAAUUUAUGGAAAAAUGCUUCAUCAACGGUGGCAUCAAAGUCAUGUUUUCGACUGAAACGUUGGCAGUUGGACUUAAUAUUCCAGCAAGAUCAGUAAUAUUUACAUCAGUUUACAAAUUUGACGGCAAUGUGAGAAGAACUUAUAAACAAAGUGAAUUUAUUCAAAUGGCUGGAAGAGCUGGAAGAAGAGGAAUCGACAGUUUAGGACAUGCAAUCUUCUCCUUAACUGAUUCAAAUCGCUGA